AUAUUUGUUCAGAUAGAAACUUAGGAGGUAAAUAUUGCUAAGAAAGACUAUUGCCAAAACAAGAUUUACAUCAGAAAAAUUGCUUACAACAUAUAACUAUUACCAUUAUUUCUCUUUCUUGCCUUAAUGAAUAGUCUCUAUCUCAACCUGUGAGUUCUAAUUUUUCCCCACUGAUUCUCUCCCCCUAUCCUACCGGGGGAAGAGGAAAGAGCACACAGCUGCUUGGUGCUGAGCUGCAUGCUGGGUGAAACCACAGCACCUGCCCAUCUCACCACAGGUUCCAGAUUGCAGUCAACCUGAGCAUGGAGCGCUAUGCUUUGAUGUUUGGGCUGAAUAACUUCAUUGCACUGGUGAUUCAGACCAUCCUUACAGUAGUUGCUGUGGACUCAAAAGGCCUGGGACUGGACAUCGUGACUCAGUUUUUAAUUUAUGGCAGUUACUUUUCAGUCAUAGCUGGGAUUUUCUUGAUCAGAAGCAUUUUUAUGCUUGUCUCAAGGAAGUGCAACAGGAAAACAGUGAGAUUUUGGAAAGAGCCUCAGAACCUCACUGAACAUGAAUCAAAAGAGCAGACUGUAACCGGCUGUGUGACACAGCUGUGACACAGUUGGGCUGCUCACGUGGCCCAGCCCUCGUGAAAGAAGAGCUCCUGCUGCAGCAUACAGGGAACCACUGUGCAAGAGGAACUUAGAACGCAGCCCUGAAAAGCUACGCUGAAUCAUUGCAGCACUUCCUUGCAACAUAUGCCAGCUAAGAUCAACAUAAUGGCACCGUACCAAGAAUAAAAGAUAAGUUACUUUAGAUUCUUAUUUACUUUCCUAUAAAUAGCUUGAUAGCAGUAGUUAAUACAUAAAGAAAAGCACAGCAACCACUUUGGCGUUACGCUUUGCACAAUUGAAAAGAGCGGAGUUCACUCUGCUUGCUUGUCUAGUUCUUGCAACCAGUGUUGCCAAGCUGCUUCCAUGCACACUUGCUCAUGAGUGCACACAAGCCUAUUCUCUACUUCUGCCCUUUGCAUGUACCUUACUCUGAGCUGAGGAGGAAGAUACUGCGUCAUUAUACUCUCUCCUACCCAAAAACAGGCAGUUCAGUAGUAGAUGACUCCCUCAUAAUUCAGAAGCCCACCACAGAAGCACACAAAAGCUCAAAGACAGAAUUUGCACAACCUAU